AUGCCUCCUCAAUUACUGCCAGCCUCGGCGGCGGCCUUCGCCCCUAGAGCAUCCUCUGUCAAUGUCGUGUUGAGUUCAAAAGUAGAGCCAUGGUUAACGCAAACGCUGAAGCGGAUAAACCGCGUCAAACGCCCUCUCAACAGCGUGCCGCAACACCAAAGAUGUUUAACAGAAACGUUAUCAAAUUCGAACGCUUUAUGGAAUCUCACCUCACUCAUGUUGCCAAAGGCCCCCGACUCAGAGCUCCGCAAGGAUGAAAACCCUCUGAUCGAAGCGCUCUUUAACUAUCAGGUCAUUCAUAUCGACGCUUACAUUGUACAUGUGGAUAUGGUAUUAAGGAAUGAGGUCGCAUAUAAACUCACGCCCGACUCGAUAGAAGCUCUCAUCGAGUAUCACAAGGAUAUACAUUGUGUGGAUAUUGCCGCCAACACCUACAACUGGUCGGAAAAGGAACAGCAAGUCAAGAAGUUGCACGAGGAAUUCAUCCAAUCCAUCAACAAGUUUGUGUACAGGACCCAUGUUUCUGCCUUGGAAGGUUUGGAAGAAGAUGGAGCUGGAGAGCUAUUAUGUGGGAAAAGUGAUGAAGUCAAGACCAACAUCAUGGGCCUAUUCCUCCCCUUAUUGCCUCCUCCACCGAAGAUCAUAAACAUUGUUCACCCUCCUCCGUUGUUGCCAAGCUCCCCCGCAGGCGUAAGCUGGUGGUCUCAGCCAAACGUCCAGAAUUCAGUGCCAGCGCCAGUGGACUCAUGGAGAGUGCUCCCCUCGAGCCCAAGUACUACGUCUUCCUCGGUCGACAACAACACAUUAUGGGCUAGCAUGGGACUGAAUGAAAUACAACUCCCUUCUCCAACACCAUCAUUCAGCCAGCCAUACUCUUCGGCCGGGCUCUACUUCAGCUCGGCCCAAAUCAGCGCGCCAAUCCCAGCUCUCCCAUUACCUAGCAUGCUAGCGCAGCAACAAUGCGGCGUGAGCGUUGGGUAUGGGGGAUUUGGCUGGGAUAGCCGCUAUCAAGACACAUCGGGUACUAGCAUGGGCAACAACGACCUCCACGACUUCAUUUCCACACAAUCUUCAAUCAAAAAUCCUGUCUUCCAAAGCAGCAGCAGCGUGAACGUACUUCAGCGGCAUAUGAUACCAUUCCAGCAGGGGCAUUCGGGACCGGCGUUUAGCAUUCAUCACCUCAUCAGCGAUUGA